AUGAUUAACCAAGCAGGGAGAACAACUCAAGUGAAUGCAGUGUUGAGUACAAUGGGUAUGUUUCAAAUGCAGAUCCUUAAACUGCCAGAAACAACAAUUCAUCACAUGGACAGCAUCCAAAGGCGUUACUGGUGGAAUAAUUUUACCAACGAUCAUCCACGACAUCUUAUUGGAUGGAAAAAGGUAUGUGUACCUAAAAGAUUUGGAGGUCUAUGUCUUAAAAAUUUAACCAAUUACAAUUCAGCUCUUCUUGCGAAAUUGGCCUGGCAAUUAUUACAUAAUCAAGAUGCUAUUUGGGAAAAAUUGUUGAAAGGUAAAUACCUUCCUCAUAAUGAUCUGCAAUUCUUCCCCACACCGGAAACUAACAAUUCAAGUUGGGUAUGGCAGAGUAUAUGUGUUGGCCUUGAAAUUGUUCUUAGAAAUGCAAAAUGGCAAGUAGGUAAUGGUACUCGCAUCAAUAUCUGGACUGCCAAUUGGAUUCCUUCCAUGCAGACUGCAAUUCAAGAUUGGAGUGAUCUGAAUACAAGUAAUAUUCAAUGGGUUUCGGAACUAUUGGAUCCUCUCGCUCAGCAAUGGAAUAUUCCGCUUCUUCGCCAUUUAUUUUCUGCAGACCAGGUGAAUUCUAUUCUCACUAUUCCUUUACAAUUAGAUCAGGAAGAUAAAUUGGUCUGGCCUUUUACUAGUACUGGCAUGUUUACAACUGCUUCAGCGUAA